GUGAAGCUCUCAAAGUGUUAGCAUAUCGUUUCGCACUAGUGCGAUAAAAUUUUGUGUAUUUCUGUUCGCGGAAGAAAAAUUUUUUCUCGUCCUAGAGUGGAUCCGUGUGGCGACGCCGCGAAACAUCAUCGGGAGCCAAUGUAAAAGAAUUUACAAUCGAAAAAUAUAAAAUAAUCGAAAAUAAUAAUACAACCAAACAUAACCUACAAGAAAAUAAAUGAACAACACGUGCAAAAAACACAAUCGAAUUAAAACACAAAACUAAAUUAUAAACAAACAAUACAAAGGCAAGAUGGGCCAUUACUGGCCUUAGCCUGUCACGUUAGUGACACAGCAAAUAAAAAAAAAAAAAAAAUUAGAAUGUGUGCGAGCCGAAGUCAAAGUUUGUUGUGGGUUCAAUUUUACACUGAGUAGGUAGUUAACUUUAUUUGCAAUAGUCAAUAAUAAAGCGGAUAACUAGAUUUGAUAAUAAUAAAAACAUGACGUCGCCUUGGGGAGCCACGAAGGCCAUAGAGCCAAUCAAUCUACAAGAGAUUAUGUCCGAGGAAUUCGCCCGGGGGCUUCAACAGCAGGAAGAUUUAAAAAACUCUUUGUCUCCAAAUCGAAAGAUUGCGACAACAACAACGAAGAUAAUAGCAGAGCAUCUGGACGAAGAGCCUGUAGCUGGAGGUUCGAAGCCAAUCGAUCCUGGGUUGUUAAUAGAUGAAUGGGAUCUGCUGAAUGAUAGCGUAUCUUCAAGUGGUAGUUCAGAACCAGUUAUACCAGAAGACGUGCUGCGUGCAAUUGAAGAUGCAGAUCAGAAACAAAUUGAUUCUGAUGCUACAAUUGCUAAAUUACUUCAAGCCCAGUUUGAUUCCGAAUAUGAUGAGCAGCUCAAGCGAGAAGAAAAUCACAUGAAUAAAAACUCCCGGGUAAAGAUUUCACUGAAAAACUAUCGCAUGGUGCCGGAAGAAUUGUUGUAUGAUGAAGAGGGUCACGAUGUGCCAAUCAAUCCUAAGGCUGACUGGGAUCGUUUCGAAACAAACGAGAAAGAGCAGAAAUCAAUUCCCCGCGUUGGAUACAAAAUUGACGAUGAUGGAGUAAUGGUAACAAAACAUAAUCAGGAUAUAAGUGGCAGAAGAAAUGCAUGUAAAGUGAUGUCAUUUCCACCGGAGUUUUCAACCGGUGAUGGUGCAGGGUUUGAUAUGAAACUAUCUAAUACUGUGUUCAAUCAAUUGAAAUCACACUCGAAGAAAGCAACAAAGAAACAGCCUAAAGCACAAGAUCGGAAGGAGAAUGUUGCUACAGCUGAAAUGGGAGUGGAUGAACCUACUAGAAUAAUUUUGUACAAGUGGAUUAACAAUCAACUAUUGGCUUCUGUCGAUGGUAUCAUUUCGACAGGUAAAGAAGCGGUCAUUUUACACGGAGAAACAGAUCCAUCGAAUCCUAAUUUGAAAACAGAUGAAAGUCAACCAAAAGAAGUAGCUAUUAAAAUUUUCAGUACCACUCUGAACGAAUUCAAACAGAGAGAUCGAUAUAUUAAGGACGACUUCCGUUUUGUCGGCAAGUGUUCGAAACAGAACGCUCGAAUAGUCAUUGAUAUGUGGGCAGAGAAAGAAUUGCAUAAUUUGAAUAGAAUGAAAAAAUUUGGUAUUCGGUGUCCGGAAGUUGUGGCAUUGAAAAAGAACAUUUUGGUUAUGUCGUUUAUCGGACAGGAUUUGAUACCAGCACCGAAAUUGAAAGAGGCUGUGUUAAAUGAAGCACAAAUGAUUUGUGCUUAUGAAGAAAUGGUUGACAUCAUGUACAAGCUGUACAAUGAUGCUAGGCUCGUACACGCAGAUUUAUCCGAAUACAACAUUCUGUGGUACAACGAGCAAUGUUGGAUUAUAGAUGUUGCUCAGUCUGUCGAGCCUGGACAUCCCGGAGCUUUGGAGUUCCUGAUGAGAGAUUGCAAUAACAUUAGCACUUUCUUCAGUAAGCGAAAUAUCAGUGGAGUGAAGACCAAGGAAGAAUUAUUUUUCCACAUCACCGGAUUGGAUCCGUUGACCCACAAUGCGGCCAUCCUCGAGCGAAUUCAUAUGAAGGGUCAACCGGCGCACGUUUUGACCGUCGUUGAUGAUGACACACCGGAGCAUUUUAAACCGAUUGAGUAUCCAUUUGACUAUGCAUGGAAAAAAGUAGAGAAGUUUAAAAACAACAAAAAGAAAUACAACGCUCACUGCAUGCCAAAUGAAAGCGGUGUUAAAAAUAAUAUCGAAACGUCAUCGAAAGAGGAAACGGUAUCAGCUUGAAGUGAACUGAUCACCAGUAAAAAUCAUAUAAUUUCUGUUUUAUAGUGCUAAACUCUCGCUUUCGUUUGAAUACAUUAAUUUAUAAAUGGC